AUGACUGCCUCGUGUCCUGGUUUUCUCGAUCGAUAUGGAAUAUGGAAUAAUGGUUUUGAUUGUUCAUCACCUCGAAUUUGUUGUGGUACGGAAACAGAUCGUUAUUGUUGUAUUCCAUCUAAAUCAUCAUCAUCAUUAUUAUCUCAAACUUCAUAUCAAUCAUCGGAGAAUUUAGUUUUUCACACAUCUAAUAGUUUUCUUUCUGAAAAAUGGUUUUUCUUUCAAAUAUGUACUGCUGCUAUAUUUCUUGCCAUUAUUUUACUCAUGUUUGUUAUAAUUUGUCAAUGUUUAACAUCAAUUCGUCGUAAUAGACAACGUCAACAACAAAGAAUACCUAUUGUUCAAGUACCUGUACCAGCUAGUGUACCACUUUUAAUUGAACAUAAUCGAUCUGUAUCAAAUCGUAUAUCAACAAUAAGUAGUACACCAAGUGAUACUAAAUCACGAUGUACAGAUACAUCAACAGUAUUUAAUACACCACUUAAUCUUUAUCCAACAGCAAAUAAUCGAAAUUCAACAUCAACAUCAUCAUCCUAUUAUAUGUUUCCUAAUGAAUUUGAACAUCUUUGUAAAUAA